AUGGAGCUGGCAAGGACUGUGCAGGAAUUCGAGCUUACUUGGGUGGUUUACGACCCAAAAGACCCGUUUGGGGCCAUGUUAGCACUCUGCACGCUAUCUCCAAUAUUCUUGAUUGUCGUGUACCUCACAGUGGUUGUCUCGCAGCGAGAUCUGGACAGCAUCAGCAUGCUAAUAGGGCAGCUUGUCAGUAUCGCAAUAAACAAAGUGCUCAAAAAGCUAAUAAACCAACCGCGACCAGAAGGCGCGUACAUGAGCGGAUCAGGGAUGCCAUCAGCGCACUCACAGUUCAUGGGUUUCUUUGCAGCCUACUUUGUGAUUUACACGUCUAAGAGGCUAAAUUCGCGUCGACGUCUGGAGCAAGGGCUUACUAUCGUUUGUGCUAUAAUGGUGGCGAUGCUGACGUGCUACUCGCGAAUUCAUUUAAACUACCAUUCGACGGACCAAGUGGUGGUUGGUGUUGCAUUCGGCAUUCUUACUGGGAUUCUAUGGUACACUCUUGUCGCCUCGACGUCGUCAUGGCUGUUUCCCUUAGUGGCCGAGUCGCGUAUAGCGAAGUUUUUGUUUGUGCGCGAUAUUUCCCACAUUCCGGACCUGACGGUCUUUCAACAUGAAAUUGCGUUUAAAGCUGCUUCCACUUUCCCUAGCCAAAAGUUGCAAUAG